AUGUUAGAAGCUUGUUCUUCAAUUGUGCUGAACAUGAAAGUUGCUCGUGAUGAGACUCCCUCAAAUGUUCCUGUUUUUGAGGAUGUCACAGAUGAAGAACUUUCUGCUGAAAACUCUCACAUUGGUCUCGAUCAAGAUGUUGUGCCCGAUGCUAGGGCUUCUGUACCACGAGAAGAUUCAGGUGUGCCCACUAAAUCUCAUGGGUCUUCUUCUCCUUCAAAAGAGGAUGAACUGGUGCAUGUGUCCACUGAUGAUUCUCAGAUCAAGAGAAAAAGAAGGGUUCCUGAUGUUGAAGAAUCUCCUGCUCCAAAGAAAAAGACCAAGUCCACUCCAGCAACUUCCAGGACUAAGCAAAAAGCUGUGAAGGGAAAAGGUAAGCAACAGGAAGUUAAAUCCAAGAGUGUCAAGAAAAAGAAGGUUCCAGUUGCUGCUGAGGAAUCUGGGUCAGAUGUUGAAGCUGAUGUCGAGGACAUCUUGCCUUAUGAGAAGAAGUAUGCAGGAAAACACAUUCCUCAGAAUGUUCCUGUUGUACCUAUUGAUAAUGUUUCCUUUCAUGCUGAAGGUAAUGUUCAAAAGUGGAAGUAUGUGUGCCAACGCAGAUUUUCCAAGGAAAGGGAUGUUGGCUCUGAUGUACUUGAGUACAAGGAAGUGGUCGCAGUUAUUGAAAAGGAUGGAUUGAUGAAGAUUAUUCUCAAGGUGGGAAGGUGUUAUGAGAGGCUUGUGAAGGAAUUUCUGGUCAAUCUGUCUAUGGAAGUGGGACUUCCUGAAAGUGUUGAGUUCAGAAAGGUGUUUGUGAGGGCUAAAUGUGUUGAGUUCUCUCCUGCUGUGAGCAACCAAGCACUUGGUAGAAAUGUUGUUGAUUUUGUUGAUGAGGAAUUGUCCUUGGAUGUGGUUGCCAAAGAUAUUAGUGCUUGCCAACAUCCUCAGAUCAUCAGAGCUGAUGAGGUUGCUAUGCCCAAGGGUGUUCCAAUUUCCCUGGAUCAUCGUUUGUUCAUGGAGCCACAUGUCCCGGACAUUGUUGUGCCAUUUAGGAGGACUUCAGUCCCUGCUUAUGUGAGUGACUCUGGCACUAAGGCCAUUAUUGCUGAAUUGAUGGAUGUUUCUAAGGUUUUGAAGGAGACUAUCAAGAUCAGCACUGCUAGGAAGAUAAAGGUUGAUGCUUUGCUUCUCAAGCUUCAAGAGGAAGAAGGUCAAGAGGGUGAGCCAAGUGGUGCUGCUACUGCUCCUCAGGAUGCAGGCACUGAAGGGAGAUUCUGA